AAGAAUGGCAGCAAGAGGUAAAACUUCAGAAGGAGAAGGCAACCAAUCUUUGGAGACCGGCAAAGAAAACUCAUCCAGUGUGGUUGUAGCAGGCCCCGAGAUGGAAAAUAAGGCAGGCCAGACUCUGGAAAACAACUCAUUAAUGGCCGAGCUUCUGAGCGACGUACCCUUCACCUUGGCCCCGCAUGUGCUGGCUGUGCAGGGCACCAUCAGUGACCUUCCAGACCACUUACUCUCCUAUGACGUCAGCGAAAACUUAUCACGGUUUUGGUAUGAUUUCACUCUUGAAAAUUCAGUGCUCUGUGAUUCCUAAUCUUUUCGUCUGUUUGUAUCUUAACAGCUUUAAAACAAAAGUUUGCCUAUGUUAUUUAACCUGUUUGAUGUUGCCAUUUCACUGUUUAAAGGCCCUCAGAAAAGCAAGGAUCAUAAAGCAAAGAAAACAACCUUAUGUUCAUUGCUCUAUUUUUUAGAAUAAAGUAUAUUUGUAUAAAAAUUGAACUUAAGUUCUACUUCCUUUCCUCCAAAUAAUAAAUAUAAAAAUUAGGCUAUCAAGGUUUUAUGAAAGGAGUUGAUUCCUUCAACCGAUCUCUCAAAAUAUAACACCUUUAGAAGAACUGUGUUGUAUCUUAGAAGAACUGUGAAAAGAACUGUGGCAUUUUUCUUAGUUACCACAGCUCUAAAGUAGACGCUUAGAGUGAGUGUGAAUUCUCUUCUCUGGUUUGGAGCAAGCUCGAAUUAAUGUCAUUCCCUUUCUUCUUCCACAGUGUUUAUGACUGAAUUCAGAAAAAAAAUUGCCAGUUAGCUUAAUUUCUUCAAUCCUGAUUUAGAGAUUGAUGUGGCCAUUUAAAACUUUUCCUAAUAAGCAGUGGUAGUUUGCUGAUACAAGAAUGCUCCAAGUGCUCUGGAUGCUGUUUCUUUUGAGUGAUACAUUUCAGUUUCUGUAAACCCAUGGUAGGCCUUUCCACCUUAAGUGAGUCCUGUGUUCCUGCCUUUGUUUUCUGCUUUGUUGCUACUUCAGAGUGUGCUCUCUCACCAGCUUUCCAAAGAAUUUUCUUGCUUUUGCCUCAGUUGGCAUUUGCUAUGUUCCCGGUUUCUGAAGAGAUACGCAUUUCCUUGUAACCUCUCUGCCUCCUAAAGAAAAACAUCUUGUGACGAUACAUAUUAUUGCUGAUGACACCCUUAUUUAGAAAUUUGUUGCCCACACUGCAGAUGGAAAUGUUUUACUGCUAGAGAAACUGAAAUUAACUCAUUUCCAAGUAGAGUUUGGGCAAAACACCUAGAUAAGACUUUCAGUUCUUGAAUAUCCAUUAUUUAUUUCAACUAAAACAGAAAAGAACUGCCAUUGGUCAAUAAACUGUAAAGGGAAGAGGUAAAUUGUGAUAGAGUAUUUUCUAUACCAUGGAAAAUGUAAAUCACACUUAUUUUGAUUAGGAGCAAUACAAUUUAUUAAUUCUGUGCCAAAUUUUAAGUAUAUUUUUCAAAGAGUGCCAUAGCCAAACUAAAAACUGUGCAUAAAGAUACCUGAACUAUUCAAGUUUUAAUGUGUUAUGCAUGUUUUAUUAAUAAAUGUAGCAUGGUCUUG